CAUACAGUGUUGAGCAUAAUACUGAUUUUUUUUCGACACAGCCGUCAAACAUAUGUAGAACGAAGCGUUAGUUGAUAAGGCUUUGCAAAUGUGUGCGAGUAUAAUUUAUUAAUGGUUUAUUUUGAGGAUCUGACAAAAAUUAAAUAAUCGUAAAAGUUGCACUUUUUUUCUUAAAAUUGCAGACUAUAAUUAUUGGAAGGUUAAAAUGGAAGGUUGUCUGGUUGAUUGUCUUCGUCUUAGUUGGUGCUUUCUUCGAUACUUUGCACAGGGACUUUACAGACUAAUUGAACCCCAAAAUGAAGCAAAUUCAAAACAAGAAGAUAAAACAUCGCCACCGUCUCGAAGAGAUUCAAAGGAAGAGACAAAGAUUCAUGAUGAAAAGACUGCAGCUAAAAUGGAAACUAAUAUAAAUUUAGAAAGAACACAUCACAAUGAUAGAUCUUCGGUCCGACAUCGAACUUUUUUGAAGAAACGAACCAGCACUCGGAAAAAUGAGAAUCCGUAUGAAAAACAUGAUGCUGUAAACCAAUGUAGUACGAUGCCGCUAUGUAGAAUUGAAACUGCAUCUGAGAAUGAAGCUGUAAAACACAACAGCCGAUAUCUUGGUAUAUCUACAUCACAAAAAGCAGAUAAGCAAAGAGGAAAAUUGAUAAAUAAGCACCAUACUGAUCUUUGUAGUACAAAACCCAAGGAAUGUAAUGAAAUGGUAAAGAGCUGUGAAACAAUAAAGAGAAAUGAAUUAUCAGAUAUUAUAACAAAAAAAAACUACAAGGACAAUAUUUCAACAUCACAUUUACAUUCUGCAUCUGCCAGUGCCUUUAGGACUGCAUUCGAAAAUAAAAUAUGCCAACCAAGAUCUCAGUUGAAAAGUAAAUUGAACGGUCAUAAUUUCUGUAACAAUGAUUUCCUCCACUCGGACAAAGUAAAAGAAUCUUCACAGCCACAAAUUAAACCUUUACCCACAGAACAUAAAUGCAUAACUUCAUGUCUUGUAAAAUCCGAAACUGAAACAAACAAACGACCAAAUAGGGUAACUUCAAAUUCUUCAAUACAUGAAAAGUCCGUAUCAACAAGCCGGGGCAAAACCUUAACAUCACAUUUACAUUCUGCAAGCGUAGAAAAUAACUCUGUCGCUGCAUCUGUCAGUGUGUCUAGGGCUGUAUAUGAAAGUAAACUUUACCAGCCAAGAUCAAAGGUGACAAGUGAAUUUAACGGUAAAAAAUUAUGUUACAAUGAUUUCAACUCAGACAUAAAAAAUAAACCAACGUGUAUUCACCACGAUUGUUUUUCACAGCCACAACCAUGCAUAACUUCAUUUCAUGAAAAAUCCGAUACCGAAACAAAUCAACGACCAAAUAAAGGCAUGGUAACUUCAAUGCAACAAAAGCCCGCAUCAACAAGUCGGGGCAAAACCUCAAUGCAAAAGGUACAUAUAAUUGAAGGACCAACACGAACACAGUCAGGUGAAAGAAAUAAAAGGAAAAUAAAAAGAAACAGAAGCAUAAAAAAAACGUAUGAACGCUUUGAUGAAAGCCGUUUAACAUUGCAAAGCAACAACAGACAAACUUUUAUUCAGUACGGUUACAAAAACAAAAAUGCUCAAAGCUACAGUGAAUCAUCAAACUGCAAUUCUGAUUGGAGAUACCAGGGUUUUUCAAAUUCUUUAUUUGAAAGACCCUGGAGAUACAAACCGUCGUACAACAGUAUAAGACGCAAAAAAUAUCGAAAAACCCAACUAAGUAGCCAAAAUCUUGAUUUAAUUCUCCAAUUCUAUACUGAAAAAACCACUUUAGCUAUUGAUAUUAAAUAUGAAACACAUAAAAACAUUGAUGGGCUUCUGUACAUUAUUCUUACGAAUGGAGAGAACGAUGGUCGCUUUUCAACAGAUGCUAUCAUCGAAGGUUCAAAUGCUGUUGGGGUAAAAGUAGGAAAAGCAGAUGAGUUAGACUACAGUGUGGACAUCCUAAUCAAUUGUCAACAAAAAGAAGUGUCUGAUGAGCCGGUUACUUUCGAAUUCAAUGAUGACGACAUUGACAGUCAUGAUAGAAAUGAGGUUUCAUCGAUCUUCGUAAACGCAGGGAAGCGAUAUUUUCCUGACGAGAGGAGAUUAUUAUGUCCAAACCCUUACGUACCCUACGUUCCUGGUGGCUUUAAAGCUGUCUAUGUUUCUCGGCGGUUUAAUAAAAGAUUUCCAAAUUGCUGUGUAAAGGAUAGAAAUCGGAGGUUGUUUUUGCCAUACUAUCUUCUGUGCGAUUUUCACGACUUUGUCAGUAAUGCUGUGUAUGGAAUUUAUGGGGUUAGCUUAAACCGUGGCGUUAAAGGUCCGGCUGUAUCGCUGACAAUUCAACAGGACGAAGGGCCAAAUAUUUCCGUAGAUAUUACUCCAAAAUUAACCGUUCCAAAUGUGACAAUGAGUGUCACAGACUUUGGAUGGCCAAGACGCGACACUUAUAAAUGGCUAACGGAAGAAAAAAUAGACAGUGUUAUAUGUCAGCAGAUAUAUUUGGUGCCUAAAGGAGACAAAUAUUGGAAAAUAUCGUAUGCAAACUGCGAAAAUGAACUUUUGAGAGAUAUUGAUAAAAGAAACACGUGGCGGAAAGCAUGCCUUAGAAUCAUGAAAAAGAAGUUGAUGCAAUGGAAGUCAAAAUCUACGACCGGAUUAAAGGGAAUUUCCUCGUACCUAUUAAAGACAACACUUUUGUGGCUGUGUGAAAUUUUACCAGAAGAUAAAUACUGGUACAAAGAAAAACUAGCCAACCGUUACCUGAACUUUUUACAAGAGUUUGCAUAUCGUCUACAUUUACGAAACAUAGGGGAGUAUUUCAAUCCAGAUGUUAAUCUGCUUGAAAAGAAGGAUGGUGAAUGUAUUGAUGAACUUGAAUAUUUAUUACGAGUAGAAAUUUUCUUCCAAAAAAAUUUUUCGUUAAGAAAUGUCUUCAGUAUAAGACGCAAAAAAUAUUGGAAAACCCAACUAAGUAGCCAAAAUCUUGAUUUAAUUCUCCAAUUCUAUUCUGAAAAAGCCACUUUUGAUAUUGAUAUUAAAAAUGAAACACAUGAAAACAUUAAUGGGCUACUGUACAUUAUUCUCAUGAAUGGAGAAAACGGAGGUCGCUUUUCAACGGAGGCUAUCAUCGAAGGUUCAAAUGCAUGUUGGAGUAAAAGUAGGAAAAGCAGAUGAGUUAGACUACAGUGUGGAUAUCCUAAUCAAUUGUCAACAACAAGUAGUGUCUGAUGAGCCGGUUACUUUCGAAUUCAAUGAUGACGACAUUGACAGUCAUGAUAAAAAUGAGGUUUCAUCGAUCUUCGUAGACGCAGGGAAGCGAUAUUUUCCUGACGAGAGGAGAUUAUUAUGUCCAAACCCUUACGUACCCUACGUUCCUGGUGGCUUUAAAGCUGUCUAUGUUUCUCGGCGGUUUA